AUGACAGGCAGUCAGGAACUGGAGGUCAAAGAACAAGCCAACGAUGGGCCGGACGCGACACCAUCAAAGUCACUGGAAAAACGCUCCUUAGACAUGGGAAGCGCCAGUGGCGAGGAUUCGGAGGACAGACACUCCGCGGAUGAAAAGGAGCUCAAGCACAAGACAUUGCAACAGCUUGUAGAUGAAGUGAGAUAA